AUGGUCAAGGAGCUGCGGCAGAGGACCGGCGCUCCCAUCGGAGACGCGCAGAAGGCCCUCAAGGAGAGCAACGGCAGCAUGGACGAGGCGAUGGAGUGGCUCAGGCGCAAGGGGCUCGCGGCCGCAGCCAAGAAGGCGGCCUCCCGGCACGCGGCAGACGGCCUGGUCGCGCUGGCGACGGCUCCGGGCCGCGUGGCCGUCGUCGAGGUCAACAGCGAGACGGACUUCGUGGCGCGCAACGAGACCUUCCAGGCACUCCUGCGCAGCGUGUCCCAGAGCAUGCUGUCGCUCGAGGCGGCGCCGGGCGAGGCCGAGAUCGCGGGGGACGUGGUCGGCGGCGCCAAGGUGCCCGAGGGCGCCCCGCACGCGGGCAUGACGGCCGAGGAGGCGGCCACGAGCGUCUCCGCGUCGGUCCGCGAGAAGGUGUCGCUGCGGCGGGGGUUCCUGGUCGACUCCCCCGGGGGGGUGAUCGGGACGUACGUGCACGGGCAGGUGGGCGACGGCGUGGGCCGGAUCGCCGGCGUGGUGGCGCUGGAGGGCGCCGGGGACGCCGCGGGGGCGGAGCGGGUCGCGCAGGGGCUGGCGAUGCACGUGGCGGCGAUGCGUCCGCGGUACGUGACGGCGGAGGACGUGCCGGCGGAGGUGCGCGAGGCGGAGCGGAAGAAGCACGUCGAGGCGGCGGUGGCCGCGGGGAAGCCGGCGGACAUCGCGGAGCGCGUGGCCGACGGGCAGUGGCGCAAGUGGCUGGCCGAGUGCUGCCUGGUCGAGCAGGAGUACGUGCUCGAGGAGGGACGGAGCGUGCGGGACGUGGUGGGCGCGCUGGGGAAGGGCGCGCGGGUGGCGCGCGUCGUGCGGGCCGAGGUGGGCGAGGGCCUGAGCGAGUGA